CUCAAAUCGCCCUCCAGACAGCGUCCCGACCCAGAAUGCAUUUGUGACAAGAAGGUCUUUGAAAAAGCGGCGCGGCUAAUUCAAGAUGGCGGAGAUGGACCAGCUGUUAGACGAGAGCUCCUCAGCAGAGGCCCUUGUCAGUCUAAAAGAAGGCAGUUUGUCCAACACUCUGAAUGAAAAGAACAGCUUCCCAAGAGCUCACAACACCAGGGGACGACAUUCCUCCCUCACAAUGGACACACCCACACGGAGCUCAAAGAGGAGCCGUUUGUUUCGGGAGGAGGAUGAGUCGCCCCAGCAGCGUCUCCCCUCCAGAUCCCCUCGGAGGAGCCAAAGGGUCAGCACCACACCACAGAAAUGUUCUAACGUGGUGACACCAGAUAAGAAGGCGUCCCAGAAAAUAGGGCUGAGAUUAAGAAACCUCCUUAAGCUACCCAAAGCUCACAAAUGGUGCAUUUAUGAAUGGUUCUAUUCCAAUAUUGACAGACCUCUCUUUGAGGGCGACAAUGAAUUCUGCCUGUGUCUCAAGGAGUCUUUUCCCAACCUGAAAACAAGAAAGUUGACACGGGUUGAGUGGGGAACAAUCAGGAGACUGAUGGGGAAACCUCGACGAUGUUCAUCAGCAUUCUUUGCUGAGGAGCGGACAGCGCUGAGACAGAAGAGGCAGAAGAUGCGCCUGCUGCAGCAAAGAAAACUGUCUGACGUGUCAAACUGCAAAGACCUUCCAGAUGAAAUCCCUCUACCCCUCAUCAUAGGAACCAAAGUCACUGCUCGGCUCCGAGGCGUCCAUGAUGGGUUGUUCACGGGGCAGAUCGAUGCUGUGGACACCAGCGCUGCAACCUAUCGCGUCACCUUUGACCGCAGUGGCCUGGGAACUCACACUGUGCCUGACUACGAAGUCCUGAGCAAUGAGCCCAAUGAGACCAUGCCCAUCUCAGCCUUUGCCCAGAAGCAUCGGAUAUCACGCUACAUGCAGAACAUCAUGACUCCGCCUAGAGGGCCCUACCCGUCCGCUACCACUCCUGUCCUCAUGGACAAUGACCCUCUUAUCAACCAGUCACCAUGGAGGAACAAACUGCCUGGUGCUGAGGGAGAUACUCUGGGAGGAUUUCCUGUCAAGUUCCUUGUCCAAGUGACGAGGCUGUCCAAGAUCCUCAUGAUCAAGAAAGAGCACAUCAAGCACUUGAAAGAAAUGAACACAGAGGCAGAGAAACUGAAGUCGUACUCGAUGCCUAUUGACCUCGACUUCCAGAAGCGAUAUGCUACCACGGUGCUUGAGCUUGAACAGCUCAAUAAAGAUCUCAACAAGGUGCUCCACGAAGUUCAGCAGUUCUGCUGCGAUCUGGCUCCAGAUCAGGGCAUGGUUCCAGCUGACCAUCCCACAGAGCUGCGGCGGCGUUGUGAGGACGAAGCCCAGCAGAUGGUGCAGCUGAGCAGCUCGCUGAAGGACGGACAGCAGAGUGUGACAAACACCGGCCUCACGCACCUCGUCUCCCGUCUCACUGCUCUGCUGCUACAGAUCAAGUGUCUGGCAGAUGGAGGAGAUCUGAAUUCUUUUGAAUUUAAGUCUCUGACAGACUCUCUGAAUGACAUCAAGGCAUCGAUUGAUUCCUCCAACCUCAGUUGCUUCCAGAAUAACGUCGAGAUCCACGUGGCACACAUCCAGAGCGGCCUUAGUCAGCUGGGCAACCUGCACGCAUUUUCUGCCAACAACACCAAUGCAGUCUGAGUACCCGCACCAUCCACACCACACACAGGUGCAUGCACACACAGAGAUGCGGUCCAUUAAUAUCGUCUUUUUUUAAGGUGGUGCUUUCACCUGAACUGAUACAAGACUGCAAACACAAAAGCUCAUGUGGAUGUUGUGGACCACCACCAUACAAUCUGAAUCUGGAUGUCCCAGUGAAACGACUGUUCAGACUCCCGCAGCUUGGUGCUGAAGGGAGGGAGGAUGUCAUAAGUAUUUUACCCACCCGUUUUAUUGUAUGAAAAUGUUGGUGCACCCAAUCGAACACAAAUCUGAAAGAACCGUUAGCAAUCACCACAAAUCCACAUCUCCAAACUCUCAAUGGUUAUUUAUUGGUUUCAUGUGCCAAACAUUGAUUCUUACAGUUUUUAUAGUCCAUAUUUAUUUAUUUUUGAGUAGGUGUGUAUGGUUAUGAAACAAUAUUUUGCUAUCUCUAAAAGUUUAACCCUGUAAGUGUUGUGUUCUGUUGCUCCACUGACGGUAAGCACAGGGAGGCUAAAGAAUGUUUUAUAAAAAUUGUUUAUUGUAGAUAAUUGUACAAUAUCUCUGAUUACUAGGACUAUCGUCGACAUUUCUGCUGUGUAUUCAGAAAUGGCUUUUGUAAUUUUUGUGUGCACUGAAAAGAGAUUUUGGUAUUUUUAUAAAGGAGAACUCUGGGGUUUUGAUGCCUUUUACUCCCUAAGAUGAUCUUAGCAUUUCCAUAGUUGGCAUGGCUGUUGCUGCAACCCCCCACACUAAGCCUGCAUCACUGAUGUAAGCCCCAAAUAUUCAAGUCGACAGUUUUUUCCUAGAGAAUCUCCUUUUUCAGUUUUGUAAAAUUGUAUAUGAGAGUGCCUCAGGGCAAUUGUAUAUAAAUGUUUCCGUCUUUUUAUAUUAAACAUAUUGCAAAGCAG